CAGAAAAAGCAGGGCGCCCAGAGGAUCCUGUCUGCCCUACCAAAUAUUUCAGCGUUGUAUGGUGCAAGGCCUCAAAGAAAAAGCAUAAGAAGUGGGAAGGUGAUGCUGUUCUUAUAGCGAAAGGAAAGUCAGUGAUGCUCAAGGAUAUGGAAGGCAAAGACAUUGGAAGAGGCACUGGAUCUCAAAUCAGAGACUUAGAAAAACUCACUGAAGGUCAAAGUCUGAUGAUUGGAAGCAAAGAAAUUGAAGUGAUGGGUGUGAUACUGGAAGAGGAUUUUAAAAGUGGCAAGUGCUUUCAAUCUGGUCUGGAGAGCACGGAGGAUGUUUGGAAUUCCCCAGUUGCUUCUGCAAAGCGAUUUUGUAAUCCUUUCAAAAAUGUUUGCAAACCCAAUACUAAAGAAAAUUGGCCUAACUAUAAACCACGUCAUGAUCCAUUGGCUCCAAAUUCCUUAGUUAUGCCAUAUCCGUGCCCAAGUCACCAGCAAUUGUUCAACAAAUCAGGUUUGCCUGUUGUGGAUGUCGUUGUAGACCCUUACAUUGCAAGCCAUCUUCGCCCACAUCAGCGAGAAGGAAUUCUCUUUCUUUAUGAAUGUGUGAUGGGAAUGAGAGUGAGCAAUAGAUUUGGUGCCAUUCUUGCAGAUGAAAUGGGUUUAGGAAAAACACUGCAGUGUAUUUCACUCAUCUGGACACUCCUGCGUCAAGGACCUUAUGCAUGCAAGCCUGUAAUAAAACGAGCCUUGAUAGUUACUCCUGGAAGUCUGGUGAAGAACUGGGGAAAGGAAUUUCAAAAAUGGUUGGGAAACGAGAGAAUCAAAGUGUUCUUAGUUGAUCAGGAUCACAAAGUGGAAGAAUUCAUCAAUUCCCCCCUUUAUUCAGUCCUGAUCCUUAGUUAUGAGAUGUUUCUACGGUCUGUGGACCAAAUUCAGAAGACAGAAUUCAGCCUUGUCAUCUGUGAUGAAGGUCAUCGUUUGAAAAACAGUUCUAUUAAGACAACUGCUGCUCUUAUCAGCCUCUCCUGUGAAAGAAGAAUUAUUCUUACUGGUACUCCAGUACAAAAUGAUCUGCAGGAGUUUUAUGCUUUAAUAGAAUAUGUAAAUCCUGGAAUACUUGGUCCUUUGUCUGCAUACAAAAAGGUGUAUGAGGAGCCUAUUCUCAGAUCGCGAGAACCUUCAGCAGCUAAGGAAGAAAUUGAUCUAGGUGAGAGGAGGGCAGCAGAGCUCAUGCAUCUAACGGGAUUCUUCAUUCUUAGAAGAACACAAGAGGUCAUCAACAAAUUCCUCCCCCCAAAAAAGGAGAGCAUACUUUUCUGUCGUCCAGCACCAUUGCAACUUGCUCUUUAUCGAGCUCUGUUGAACUCUCAGGUUGUUAGAAAUUGCCUACAAGGAAGUUUAGAGAAUAGUCCACAUUUAAUAUGCAUUGGGGCUUUGAAAAAACUUUGCAAUCAUCCCUGCCUUCUUUUGAAAGCAAUACAGAAGAAAGAAUCUGAAUCUUCUUGUGAUAAUCAAGAUCAGCCAAACCAUUAUGGUGGUUUAUGUGAUAUUUUUUCUCAAGAAAGUGCUCAAACAAAUUCCUGUGAGAGUGACUCAGGAAAGUUGAAGGUGCUGAUGCAGAUGCUGGCAGCAAUUCAUGAACUUGGACCUUCAGAAAGGUAGGAAGGAGAUUUAAUUGGAUGCAUUUUUUGAGUGCAGUCGAAUCUUAUGGUUUAGGCCUUUUUUCAACUGUUAUGCUAGUUAAGACACACUCACUUUGUAUACUGGGAAUAACACAAGCACUCACCCAUACAGAUAACUUCUGGGUGGAAUCAAAAUGCUAAUAAGUGGAUUGUCAAAGGUCAUUUGAAGAAUUAAUGACAUACUGGAUUAAA